ACUGGAAGAGUUCAAAGUAUUAAAUUGAUAAUACAGGUAAGAGUUUUCAAUAGUAAAAAGACAUGGAUGCUAUAUAUGUCCAAGCGAUACCUAGUUUAAACUUCCAUUACAACCCCCUCUUUCUCGCUCUAUCUUCAUUUUCUCUCUCUAGGCAGCCAUGGACUCAGAAUCUACCAAACUGGAGAUGUUCUUCUUCCCAUUUGUGGGUGGAGGUCACUUGAUCCCAAUGAUAGACCUCGCCAGACUAUUUGCCUCUCACGGUGUCAAAGCCACCAUACUCGCAAUCCCAAACGACGCCGUCGUCUUCCACAAAGUCAUCAACCGCGACAAAAGCUCCGGCCACGACAUCCACCUCCACACCCUCCAACCACCGCCCGGCGAGCAGCUCACCACCAUCUCCUCCGUCGACAUGUCGGCCCCGCCCUUCACCGACACCUCCAUCCUCCAAGAACCCCUCAAGCAGCUCCUCCUCCGCCGCCGCCCCGACUGCCUCGUCACCGACACGUUCCACCGCUGGGUCCCCGACGUCGUCGACGCCAUCGGCGUCCCCAGAGUCAUCUUCAACGGCAAUUGCUGCUUCUCUCGCGUCUGCGAAGACAGUAUUAAAAAACACGAGCCUCAUCUGAAGGUGGGUUCUGAUUCAGAGCCUUUCGUUCUCGAGGGUCUUCCUGAUCGGAUCGAAUUGACGAGGUCUCAGCUUUCGAUCUUCGCGAGAAGAGAAAUUGAAUUUCCCGGGAAAUCCACGAGAGCCGAGCAAAACAGCUUUGCCCAAGUCAUCAAUAGCUUUUAUGAAUUGGAGCCUGCUUAUGUUGAUUGUUUCAGAAAUGUCAUGGGAAAUAAGGCAUAUCUAAUCGGACCCGUCUCGCUCUGCAACAGAAACGUUGCAGAUAAAGCCGAAAGAGGGCAAAAUUCCGCCAUUGAUGAACAGAGCUGCUUGAAAUGGCUCGAUUCAAAAACUCCCAAUUCAGUUUUAUAUGUUAGUUUUGGUAGCCUAGUUCGAUUGAAGCCGACUCAGCUCCAUGAAAUUGCUUACGGUCUCGAGUCGUCUGAUUACAGUUUCAUUUUGGUGAUCGGAAAAAUAAUGGAAUCUAAUGAGAAAAGUGAUAAAAAUUGGUUACCCGAUGGGUUUAAGCAGAGAAUGAUGGAAACCCAGAAAGGGUUGAUCAUCAAAGGGUGGGCUCCACAGUUACUGAUCUUGGAACACGAGGCGGUGGGGGGUUUUAUCACCCACUGUGGGUGGAAUUCGACUCUGGAGGGUGUUUGCGCUGGCGUGCCGAUGGUGACUUGGCCGCUCUCGGCGGAGCAGUUCUACAAUGAGAAGCUGGUGACGGAGGUGUUGCGGAUUGGGGUGAGGGUGGGGAGUUUGGAGUGGGCGUCGUGGAAUAUGGAGAGGAAGGAGGUGGUGGGGAGGGAGAAGGUGGAGGCGGCGGUGCGGCGGUUGAUGGGAGGCGGUGAGACGCCGGAGAUGAGGCGUCGGGCGAAGGAGUUGGCGGAGAAGGCGAGGAGAGCGGUGGAAGAAGGUGGGUCCUCUUAUAAUGACGCUGUUGCUUUGAUUGAGGAGUUGAAGACUCGCCGGAAAGAAGGAUUGGGUUCGGCCGGAGAUUCGCACUGAGUCGUCGGAGAACUUCGUGGAGGUGGUGGGGGUGGUUAUGCAGCAACACAGUGAAUAUCAAAAUUGUUAUCCUAGUUUUUCAUACAUUUUUAUCCCUUUAUUCUUUUUUGUUUUCUUAACAGUGAACAUAAAAUUUUGUUGCAAAAAAGAAAAGAAAAGAAACGAAGUGGAAGCGGAGGUCUUAAUUGUAUUUGAUAUAAAUAAUUAAUUAGUCAAUUUAUUGUAAAUAUUUGGUAUAACUAUCACUAUUUUUCUUUAAAUUAUUUUUAAAACUUACCCGACCAGAUUUUUUAUUAUGAAAACUUAUCCAGGUUUUCUUAUUAAGGAGAAUGAAUUUGUGAUACAUAUCAUUUUCCAAACAUAAUUGUAAUUUGUAACCAAAGUGAAUAAGAAAAUAACCCCAAAACAAAAAAUUAGCAAAAAUAAUAUAAUAGAUAAAAACAUGUAACUUUAAUUUGCAAAAAUUCUUCCUUUAUUUAUUUAUUUAUUAUUUUUUGAGUCGUGCAAUUUAUAUAUGAUGAAUUGAAAAGAAGAAUUUUGUCACCAUAUUUUGGAAAAAAAAUAAUAGUACAGUAAGUUUUGCGGGUAACAAGAACAAAAUAAAAAUUCACAUGUGAUUACUAUGAUCUAGCUUUUUUCUCAUCAUUUCCUUUCAUUUUAAAAAGGAAGAGAAUUUACCAAUGCUGACUUGAAAAGCUUACACUUGCUUAAGUACCAAUUUUGUUUUAGAAAUAAAAAAUUGAAAAUUUGUGAGA